AUGGCUCUUGCUGCUCUCCUGCUCGCCGUGCUCACAUUCUCGCUGUGCGCGCCGCCGCCGGUCGCCGGGGAGCUCGCCUCCGUCGAGCACCCGGUGGAGGAGGGUCGGCCGCUGCGCCUCCUCAUUGUCGGCGACUGGGGUCGUAAGGGGAUGUACAACCAGUCCAGGGUAGCAGCACAGAUGGGGAAGGUGGCGGAGGACAUGAGCGUCGACUUCGUCGUGUCCACCGGAGACAACUUCUUGGACGACGGCCUGUCCAGCGUCCAUGACAGGGCGUUCCGUGACUCCUUCGUGGAUGUAUACACGGCCAAGAGCCUGCAGAAGCCAUGGUACCUUGUUCUAGGGAACCAUGACUACAGGGGAGACGUGCUAGCACAACUUGACCCGGCUUUGCGCAACGUGGACAGCCGGUUUAUGUGCAUGAGAUCCUUCGUUGUCAAUGCAGGAAUCGUCGAUUUCUUCUUCAUCGACACAACCCCAUUUCAGCUCAAGUAUUGGACUGAUCCAGGAGAAGACCACUACGACUGGAGGGAAGUCGCGCCUCGAGAAGCCUACAUCGAACAUCUCCUAAAGGAUAUGGACGGUGCAAUGAAGAAAUCAAGAGCGAGAUGGAAGGUAGCCGUAGGGCACCACACGAUGAGGAGCGUGAGCGCCCAUGGCGACACCCUGGAGCUCCUCCAGCUUCUCCUCCCCGUGCUCAAGGAGAACGGCGUCGACCUCUACAUCAACGGCCAUGGUCACUGCUUGGAGCAUAUCAGUAGCAGGGAAAGUCCAAUCCAGUUCUUCACCAGUGGAGGCGGGUCCAAGGCGUGGAGAGGCAUCCUCCGACCCAAUGACGACAAGCUCGAGUUCUUCUACAACGGGCAAGGCUUCAUGUCCCUGGAGGUGGAUGCUGACAUGGCCCGUGCCAUCUUCUACGACAUCCAUGGGCAGGCAUUGCACAACUGGAGCUUGAGCAAAAGCAAUCGGCAGCAGGUUGUUCAGUGCUCUGCUCUUGUUUCUCAGGAAUAA